AUGAAUCCCACGAAUUUGGCCGAAGUCAUCCAAUAUCUCGAGAAGAAAAUCGAGGUUGCAGCGAAAAUGGGGUUGACACUGGAUGGGACUGCAAAACUGACCUCGAUACUUCGCGUGCGCGCCGAUACUUUUCGCGUGGAGUUCGGCAACGACCCACCUGUGAGCGUAGCACCGAUGCAGGUCCGCCUUAAACAAGGAGCGCAGCCCGUUCGAGCGCAGCCGCGUCGCUACUCUCCUACCGAUCGUGACUUCCUCGACAGGCAUACGCGUGCCUUGAUCGAGAACGGCCUCAUCUUUAAGAAUCAUCGCAGUCGCUGGGCCUCGGCGCCAAGGAUUGUGCGUAAGAAGGAGCAGGACAUCGACCCGAACGCCGACCCUCGGAUGACAAUUGAUACGCGAAGUGUGAACGAGAGGACGGUGCCGAUGCCCUGGCCCAUGCCAGUACUCGAUGUGGUCAUAGGCGAGUUGGAAGGGGCAAAGUUCUUUUUGUGUUGGAUUGGUUCCGAGGCUAUUGGCAACUGCCUCUGCACCCGGACUCCCAGGAGUUCUACUCCUUUGUGA